AGAUUCAGGGUUUGUGGCAUAGUAUGGAUUUGACAUCAUCACAGCAUAAUCAUCUACAAAAUCAAUGGGUCAGAGAAUUUGAAAGACAAGAAGGGGAAAAAGAAGAUGAACAGAUAGUUGCAGAAAUCAUGGGGAGGCGUUUUUUUCCUGAUCUUAUAGCUUAUAAGACCUGGGAGGGCUUUCACUUUGCUGGCCAUGAGAUAAGAAUUACCGAAGCCACUGAUUGUUACGGGGCAGUCGUCUGGCCAUCGGCUCUUGUUCUGUGUUAUUUUUUGGAAACUAAUUCUAAACAAUGCAAUUUGGUUGACAAAAAUGUGAUUGAAAUUGGAGCUGGAACUGGCUUGGUCUCCAUAGUAGCCAGUUUGCUGGGUGCCUUUGUGACUGCCACAGAUUUGCCAGAACUACUGGGAAACCUUCAGUACAACGUUCUCCAAAAUACAAAGCAGAAGUGCAAGCACCAGCCUUGUGUUAAGGAGCUGUCUUGGGGAAUUGAUCUGGAAAAGAACUUUCCUAGAUCUUCCUGUCACUUUGACUACAUUAUGGCUGCUGAUGUAGUUUACCACCAUCCAUUCCUGGAUGAACUCCUCCUAACCUUUGAUCACUUGUGCAAGAAUGAUACUGUUAUUCUGUGGGCCAUGAAAUUUAGGUUGGAGAAUGAGAACCGAUUUGUGGACAGAUUUCAGACACUGUUUGACUUAGAGAUGAUUUCCAAUUUUCCCAGUUUGAACAUAGCCUUGUAUAAAGCAAUGAGGAAAGGCAGGAUGAAAGCCAGACCUUCCAAACAGAAGGUCUGAAAGAGAGAUACCGGGAGGUGACACUUUCUGCUCUUCUGCAGCUUUUUCUCUCUUUAAUAAUUUCCAUUUUAGUAGCUGCUGACACUUGAAUGACAUUUCUAGAGAUAGGUAAAACAAAUCAUCAAAUUCUAGUGCAUUCCUCUAAAUUCCUAAAUUCAAUUUGCCAAUAGUGUUACACACAGAAGAGUUACAUCUGUGACAUUGUCUUGACUUUUAUUGUGGAAAGCUGACAAUUCUAAUAACUUUUACAAAUCUUACCAUUAUUGUUAUGGGUCAUAUAAUGAAUAUUUCCAAAAGUUUUCAAUUUCAACUUUGAACAGAAUCUUCAAAAUUCCAACAAGUAUUUAAAAGUGUAGACUAUAAACCUUUGUAUUUAAAAGUUUUGGUGUUAAAUCUGAUAUUUCCUCAUUCUCACUAUCAUGUUAAUCCUUCCUUUGAAUACUCUUAAUAGGAGCUGAGAAAACCUCACCACCUGGAAAACACACUAUUGAGAUAAAGGGAUAGAAUGUAUUAGCUACUCUUAAUGUAAUAAUUAUGCUGUAUUUUUUAUUUAUAUUUAGGGUUUCUUUAACACACAGCCAUGCACAUGAGGCAAGAGGGAGUUAAAUGUUUUGUUGCUUGAACAAAGGUCUCAUAUUAGAAGCAUACAACAUAUCACCAGCUGCCCUUUACAAAGACUUUUAAUUCUUGGUCUGGAGAUCUGCUCCUCCAAAAAUAGACGGUUAUCUGAACCUGAGGGAACAACAGUGGAAAAAGGACAGUGGCCAUCAAGAGAGGAGCUUUGCACUGCUGGUGGCUGGAGGCAGAAAACUAAACCAGCCUUUCAUGGUGUGGCUGAGGCAUGGAUAGGCUUAGAUAUUUGUUUUUUAGUACAAACAAAAUAUUUUUCUCCUAGACACUCCGUACUGCAUGCUCCUAUUUUCAGUAUCCUAUCCAAGAGUUUUCUUUUGGGGAGAUUAAUAAAAUCAUUCUUUCCACACACCAUAUUUUCUGAUUCUAUUUGUAGUUGAUUUUGAGGCCUUCAAGGCUAGACAAGAGCUUUGUCGCCUCUACUCUAGCAGGCAACUGCCCUAGUAAUGUGGAGGCUCUGGGGACUGUCAGUAUUUAUUUUUUUAACUCCUAUCUGUAUUCUCUCAAGGAGUUUUUUAUUUCUUACUGCUGACUCCCUGAACAUAUUAUUAUUUCUAUCUUUGCUUGUGGCAGAUGCAUGUUACUUAUUUACUCUGACACAAGUCUGGGGCAGAACUGUGGUAAAUGUGAUGUGGAAUGUACUUUUUUGUCCCAGCUGAACACUGGGGCCUGGUGUUAGAGGUGAAGUGUUGCAGAGAGGAGAGGCUGAUCUGCCAAAUUUUUCCAGUGUGAACUGGAUAUCCUAGGGCAUCCUUGGUGAAACACAAAGGGUGACCCUAGGAUAAAACUAAAGCAAUUAAUAGCAUGCCUUACCCAGAAGCAAAAUGAAAAGCAAGAUAGUCAAGUCUAUUUUUUAACCUCUCCUGCUGAGAAAUCACAUGUGGGAUUUUGGGCUGGAAGUUAUUAGAGAAAAAUCUAGUCCUGACCGGUAAAUUUCCUGUGACAAAGUUUGUAGAUAGAAUCCUUUACUGGAUCAAUCACUAUAGCUAGAAAAUUAGACUCGAUACUGGUUGACAGAGAGUAUUACCCUUAUGCAUAAUGUUGCUUUGCAUAUGUCCUUAGAUAAUUACAGCUGUAGAAAAACAGACUGCAGAAUGGAAAUAUUUGGAAAUAUUUUUUUUCCACAUUGUGUAAUAGAAACAGUUUAAUAUAGGCAAAUAAAGAAAAAACCAGGGAUCUCUGCCAUUGCUUGAUUA